UCCAAGGCAAAGCAAAGAAAAGCUCCUCGUCUCCGCGUUGCCGCACAAGGGAAACCCUCGCCGCCGCCGCCGUCGGGGAUGACGUCCGUGCGCGCCGUGGGGUCCACGCUGCCGUCGAUCCGCGCGGCGGCGGAGCUGGCCCGGCAGGAGCUGCUGCGGCGGGAGCUGGUGGAGUGCCAGCUGGUGGCGGGCAUCUGGUGCCACGGGUUCACGGUGUCGCAGCUGCGGAGCAUCCGCGCCAGCCUGCCGCCGACGGCGAGGCUGGUUGUGGCGAAGAACUCGGACGUGGCGGCGGCGGUGGCCGGGACGCGGUGGGAGGCGGUGCGGCCGUUCGCGCGGGGGAUGAACGCGUGGCUGUUCGUCCGCUCCGACGAGAUCCCGCCGGCGCUGCGGCCGUACCGCGACUUCCAGAAGGAGUGGAAGCUGCAGCUCAACGACUUCACUGGCGCCGUCUUCGAGGGCCGCCUCUACAGCCCCGACGACUUCGCGCAGCUCGAGUCCAUGCCCACCAGGGUCCAGUCCUACCAGUACCUCGUCGGCUGCCUCCAGAUGCCCGCCGUCUCCGUCCUCGCCGCGCUCCGCGCUCGCCAGGAGGCCAUGGCGCAGCCGCCGCCCGCCGACGAGCCGGCUCCAACGCCACCGGCGGACAAGUGAUCACCGCAUCUCUCUUCUCAUUUUUUUUUCUCCUGCAAAUUUGUGUUGCAGAAACAUUGGUAGCCCAUAAAAACGCAUUGCGUUGCUUGAAUAUGAUGUAUCAUCUUCCAAUAUUACAUGUUGAUGUUUUGCAAACAAUUGCGAAUUCGCGAGUGAUGCCGCAUCGCCAUUGCUCCAAUCUCACGCUCACCAUCGUUUUGGCACUGGUUGAUCGUGGGUUUUAAUUGCACUGAUGCAUGUGAGAGUGGAGAUUAACGGUGUUUGAAGUUGCUUGGAA